AACAAAAUAAAAGUGUAUGUUGUUCUUUCUGCUUAUUAAUUUAUAUUACAGCUUGUUGUACAACCAACCGAGUGUGUUGGGAGGAAGUCGGACAGAUGUUGCUUCUGUAUCAUCAUGGUCAGCUCCAAUCAUUUGGGAGGGAACCUUUAACCCCAUACUGAUCGACUCUAUCUACAAACAACACAAUCUCACCAUAGCAACCACAGUCUUCGCUUUGGGAAAAUACACACGUUUUGUUAAAGAUUUUCUGGAGUCAGCAGAACAGCAUUACUUUGUUGGAUUUCGAGUGCAUUACUACUUGUUUACAGAUCAACCAGAAUCGAUUCCUGAGGUGAAGAUGGGUGAAAACCGUAAUUUGACAGUUCUAAAGGUUCAGAGUUUGAACAGAUGGCAGGACAUCAGUAUGAGCAGGAUGGAAAAACUGGAAAAACUAAUAGAGAAUGAACUGGCCAACGAGGCUGACUACAUUUUCUGCCUUGACAUAGAUACAAAGUUCUAUGGGCGUUGGGGUGUGGAGUCUUUGGGUCGUCUGGUAGGUGUGAUACAUCCUUGGUUGUUUGACGCUCCAAGGGGUCGAUUCACAUAUGAGCGUAGACCAGAGUCUCAAGCAUACAUUCCAGCUGGAGAAGGUGAUUAUUAUUAUGCUGGGGCUGCAUUUGGUGGUUCAUUGGAAGAUGUACAUCAACUCACCAAAACCUGCAGGGAGAAGCUGCACAUUGAUGCUGCAAACUCCAUUGAGGCAGUAUGGCAAGAGGAGUCUCACUUGAACAAGUAUUUCCUUUUGAACAAACCUAGUAAACUGCUCUCUCCUGAAUAUAUGUGGAGGGACAUCAAUGAAAAAGCAGACCAAAUAAAAGUAAUUCGCUUCUCUAAUGUAGCUAAAAACUAUGCUGAAGUUCGUCCAAAUCCAUAGCAACCAGUAUUCAGCUACACUGACAUGGUGUGUCCUCACAGGCCUCCCGUAAGACAUUGUGAAUCUGUGAAUCUGUGAACAGGUACACUGUAAAAUCUUAUUAGUUAGGCUUUCUUAAACCGAUUGGCUUAAAAAAAAAUCUAAGUAAAGUGAAAUGGGAAUAGUAUGUUAUACUAACAAAUGCUUAGUUAUAGUUAAACAAGAGUUAAAGUAACUAAAAAAGAACUGUAGGGAGUAGGGCUGGGACGGUUCGCUGAAAAAAAUCUAACUGUUCAGUUCUCCACGCACUGGGACCGUGGUUCAACUUAAAUCUGACAUCUGUAGUAUGGUUUGUUAUAAAUAACACGUAAAACAAACUGUUUCUGUUGAUGGAUGCGCAUGAGAGAAAAAAAAAACCUGGACAAACCAUUCAGUCUUGUUCAGUGAUGCCGUAUGCUGGAAUAUGAGCAGUCAUUUAUUCUGUCUUCAUUCGGGUGAUGAAUAGUAUUAAGUUAAUUUAAUGGCAAAAAGAUUUGCAUACGCAGGGUAAGAGUUGUGGAAGUGUACAAAAGUCUGUAAGCGUAAAUUACAUUUGCAUGUGCAAGAGAAGCUUUGUAAAGGUCUGUAAGCAUUUUAGCAUGUAAGCAUGUAAAGGCAUGCAGCAUUUUUCUGUUACUCAUAAGUGUAAUUCAAGUUUUGUGAAACUGCAGCUUCAUGCUCAAGCAAAAUAAAUAUGAUCUGCAUUCUU